GGCGAUGUCGGUCUAUCGGCGAGCUUCCUCGCGGAAACGCGCCAACCACAGAUGAUUAUAGGGAACAUUAUCGUCCAGUUCUUUGGGUGGCUUUUCUUCUUCGCAAGGGUGUGCUCAAGGAUAGUUGUCACCAGAUCUUGGAAAGCCGAGGACUACAUCCUCACUCUGGGCUGGCUUUGCGUCACAGGAUAUAGUGUAUGUCAAUAUGGACAGAUCGCGAACGGCGCCGGACGUCACAUCGCAGCGACCUCCAUGAAUGGCUUCCAGGACCCUAUUCAAUUGCAGCAAUAUGCAUAUGCCGCUCAACUACUUCUCAUAUCUGGGCUCGCUGCUUGCAAACUCAGUAUCUGUCUAAGCUACCUCCGAGUCUUCUACAGCGACGUCCGAGGUCGUCGCCUGAUCCAAAUCCUCGUCGCGGUCAUCUUACUGACAAUCAUCCCCUUCGAGUGUGAAGUCAUUUUUCAAUGCAAGCCAAUCAAUGUCUACUGGACUGAACUCCGCCCUUCUUCGAAAUGCGCAUCGAUCCUCCCCGCCUUAUACGCCCACGGCAGUCUCAACGUCGCAAUUGACAUCUUCCUCAUGGCCAUCGUACUACCCCGCGUCCUCGCCCUGAAACUCCACAAACACCAAAGAUGGGCACUGACUGGCAUUGUGAUGCUCGGCUCACUCGCUGUUGUUGCUGGCAUUGUCCGCAUGGUGCGCGUCGGGACAUCGCUUGCGCGGCCGGAUUUCGAACCAAGCUGGGAUUCGUACGAUGUGUCUAUAUGGACAUCUACUGAGCUAUAUGUUAGCUUAAUAUGCGCAUCUGCACCUGGCGUAAAACCUGUAUUGGUCAAAUUGGUCCCCAAGCUUUUAGGCUCGUCAACGCGAAGUCGCACACGCACUUUCGGGGGACCAUCAAUCGAGAUGGGCUCAAGAUGGAGAAGACCAACAAUUGGAAGCACGAAUAUGAAGAGACCAAAUAGUGCUACUAUGUUGGCGACAAUUGAUGGACCGUACACGGAGUGUGGGCGGGGAUUGGAUGAGGAGAGCUGGUAUGGAAGGAGUUCGAAGACUGGAGAUACAGAUUUAGGUACGAGUGAGAUCCGCCCAGAAAACGGUAUAUGGAAGACGAGCGAGACUUCAGUUCGAUCGUCAACUGUGCGAUGAUUGUGGUGAUGACCAGGGUGAAAAGCAAGUCAGUGGCUCCGUACAUUAUGUAGCAGCAUUAAUGACAGGAAUGAUCUGCAAGAAAUGUGUUCUAGCGAU